AUGCCGACAGACGACGAAACCCAGCCGCUGCAUGGCAGCCAGUCCUCGCCCGAUUCUCUGGCGCACGAGCUCUCGUGGCUCGGCAAAGCCUCCCUGCCGCUAAUCGGCUCGUACUACCUCCACUACCUGUUCGGAUUCCUCAACCUCAUCUCCCUGGGGGCCUGGGGCGGCCAGGCACUGGGCGGGUAUGCAUUGGCGAACAUGACGUGCGCCAAUCCUGGCGUUCGCCCCGGCCACAGGCAUAGCAUCGGCGCUGGACACGCUGUGCACCGCGUCGGCCUGCACUUGCAGCGCGGGCUGACCGCCGUCACACUCUGGUAUGUUGUGGUACUGUGCAUUAUGCAGUUUGCCAUGCCCACAGUAUAUGAUGUGCUGGGGCAGCCGAGGGAAUUGGCAGAGCCGGCGGCCGAGUACUUGAAGGUGCUGUCAUUGGGACUGUGGCCGUGGAUGGCUUUUGAGUGCCUGAAGCGGUACGUGCAGGCGAACACGCAGAUGCGCCUGCCCGCAUUGGUCCUGGCGGCAGUCGUUCCCGUGCAUCUGCUGAACCACUACGUGUUCGUCUGGCGCCGCCAUGCCUCAUUCACGGCGGUCGCCUGGAUCACCGUGUUCUCCUACUGGGCCAUGUUCCUGGGCUUGGUUUUCUGCACCUUGGCCUGGGACGCACUGCGGCCGGCCUGGCACCGCCACCGCCCGAAGGAAUUGAUUUCCACAAGCUUCUAUGCUCUGGCAGUGCCGGCCAUGGUGGAGGCGUGCGGCGAGUAUAUGGCGUUUGAAUUAAUGACGCUGCUGGCUGCGCAGCUGGGCAAGACCAGUCUGGCCGCCCAGGCCAUAGCCUUCAAUAGCAUGUCGAUGGUCUACCAAUUGCCGCACGGGGUCGGCGGCGCUGCUGCGGUGCGCAUCGGAAGGCUUCUGGGCCGCGGCCAGACCAGUCGCGCAUGCUUCUCCGCCGCGGACCCGGAGGUAUUGGCGGUGGCCCGUAGGCUGAUCCGCAUUGUCGCCAUGAUCGAGUGGACCGACGCCACGCGCGCCAUCGUGCCUGGCAUACUGCGCGGCAUGGGCAAGCAGAGGUGGGCGGCCACCAUCAACAUAGGUGCCUACUAUUGCCUGGUAUUGCCAUUGGGCGCCAUGGCCUGGGCGGCCUUUGCGCUCGGCAUGUCGGUGUUGGCCGCCGCAUAUAUCGUGGCCAUUCUGCGCACCGACUGGUCGCGCGAAAGGACUGACUCGUAUACGUUGGGCCGCACGCAGUUUGAGCGCGAGAAGGAGCGCCUGAUUGUCGAAAUCAACCAAAGCCUGGACAUUGCCAAUCGGAACUUUGUCCAGCUCAACCAGAACCUCGAGUCCGCCGUUGCUCUGGGCAGCAACUUUGGCCGUGUCGCGCAGCUCUGGUCAGAGUUCGCUGAAAUCAUCAGUCCGUCGGUCGACGAGGAGUCCGUGGAGGAUGUGGAGGAUGUGGAGAUGGAAGAGGAAGAGCAGGCUGCAGAGCCUGAGGAGCACCCGGAAACAUGAGCUAUUAUGCUCCAUUAUUAUAGCCACCCUGCUUAUCUGGGCGAGCUAUUCAGGCGCAUUCGCUUUUUUCUACCUGUUAAUAAACCACC